CCCCUGAUGAAAAUGUCAACAUUACUCGUAGUUCGAGGAAAAUAUUACCUAGCCGUAAUUACACAGUCAUUUCGAUCUGUUCCAAUUUUAAUGCGAACAAACAGCAAAAACUUUUCACAAACAAUUCACUCUGAAGACGAUAUCUCGAAUGUCAUAAACAGGUCUCUUGAAAAUUACACUGAUAAUACACUUGAACCAUAUCAGAUUGUUAAAUUCUCACUGGGAAAAAGCUUCACAAACUCUGGUAUAGACAUUAAACAAAUAAUAAAAGAUUCGAGAGGAAAACGAGUUGAUCAUUUUGCUUCAAAUGAAGACGAGAAAAACAUUCACACUUAUCAAAUUAAAUUUGCAUCAGUUUUUAAGGAGGGUUUCAAUGCCCUGUAUAAUACGGCAGAUGGUAAAUUAAGUAAAAGUGCAAAAUUGGACUUUGCAACUCAAGCUUUCAGGACAGGAUUUUUAGAAAACCAAGAUUUUCAUGAAAGAUGCUUAGAGAAGAUGUUUUAUACUAAAGAGGAAAGUGAAUUAUUCAGGACAGUACUUCUAGCUAACCAUCUGUUUGGGAGACUAGCAGCAAACUUUGUUCAGAAUUAUUUUGUAUCACAUGAUCACAGGUCACAUGACAUAUACAAUAAAUGUCCUUGUGAUGAGUGUGGAGAGAAAAUACUAUACAACAAUUCUGGUAUAGGGAGUGAAUUUCUGUGGUAUGGAUAUCCUGAUAUAAUGGUUAAUUCAAUUGGAGGAAGUACUAUGAUUGCAAGGCCUGAAAAAAUAGAUAGAGAUGAACAAAUAGCUGAAGGAGACACCUAUUUGAAAGCAGAUUUUGAUGAAAGACAGAUAAUUGAAAGUGAAGAAAAUAUUGCACUUCUAAGAUAUGAAAGGAAUGUAUCAAAGUUUGUCGCUCAAGCUGUCACAUUUUCUUUUUACCAAAAAUAUUAUCAGUUGAAAAUGAAUAAGAACAAGAGAAAUGUCGUUCCUGUUACUCUUGUUCCAAUGCUAGCCCUUACAGGAACUCAUUUUGACAUCUAUUUAUAUGACCAUGAAUAUGAUAUUCUUUUGCGUAAUAAAGGACCACCAAUUUCAUUAUGGAAAUGUGAAUAUCCCAAAGCUGAGUUAGAUAUGUCAUCGGUUCUUAAAAUUUGGAUGGUUUUCAAUCAUUUAACACUCAAAACAAGUCUUGAAGAAAAUAUGGUUCAAGAACUUAAAGGGUCAUGUGACUUUUUACAUGCCUUGUCAUCGGGACACAAAACUAUAAUAGGAGAGACUAUCAGUAUGAGGAACAGGUUUUAUCCAAGACGGUAUAAAGAGAUUGAUGCUCUUCCAUCACAAAGCCAGGAGAAGAUCCUGCACUUUCCAAAGCAAAAAGAUUCAAUAUGA